GUGUCAAGUACCCCUCUUACUUUGAGUCUCACAACUUUCACUGCUAUAUGUUCACUGCAAAUUCAGCGGUGUUUUUGGUUUGUGUAUCACACUCAUGAACGCUUUCAACGCAGCAAGGCGUGUUAUUUUUCAGAGCCAUAAGAAGAGCUUUUUCCCGGUGGUGAAUACUCCAACAUACCGCAAGAUGCAUAUCCGGUCUAUUCCUAUGUGGGGCGACAACUACGCCUAUUUGGUGGUAGACGAUAAGUCCAAAGAUGCAGUCAUUAUCGACCCGGCCAAUCCCCCCGAAGUCCUCCCCGUCCUCGAAGAAGCUAUCGCGAACAAAGAGAUUAACCUCACUGCUAUCGUCAAUACCCACCACCACCGUGACCACGCCGGGGGCAAUGAAGCCCUCCUCUCGAAGCUCCCCUCCAAACUCCCUAUUAUCGGCGGCCGGGACUGCGCCCACGUCACCAAGACCCCGGCCCAUAACGAGACUUUUACCAUUGGGGAGAACAUCAAAGUCAAGGCCUUGCACACGCCGUGCCACACCCAGGAUAGCAUCUGUUACUUGAUGGAGGACAAGGAGACGGGGGACAAGGUGAUUUUCACGGGGGACACGCUCUUCAUCGGGGGUUGCGGGAGGUUUUUUGAGGGGACGGGGGAGGAGAUGCAUGAGGCGUUGAAUGUGGUUUUGGCGGGGGGACAGCCCGGACAUGAGUACACCAAGUCGAAUGUUAAAUUCGGGGUGUCGGUUCUCCAGAGCGAGGCUGUGAGGGCGCUGGAGGCGUUUGCGGAUGAUUGCAAGGAGACGCAGGGGAAGUUUACGAUUGGAGAUGAGAAGCAACACAACGUCUUCAUGAGACCGCAAGACCCCGCCAUCCAAAAGGCAACUGGGGAGACGGACCCGAUUGCUAUCAUGACGAAGCUCAGGGAGAUGAAGAAUAACUUCAAGUGAGUGGGCAAGAGUCGAGUCACGAGCAGGCAAGCAGGAGUUGAUAGCUUGUAGGGAGCCUCAAACACAUAAACUCUAGUUGCAAUCAAAAUUAUUGAUUUCUAGGCAAAUAAAUGUCUCCUUUGACCCCAAUCACCCCGCCUUUCAAGAGACGAGACGCAGGAGCCCCAGGACAUACGAUUCCAACGGGAAUGGCAUGUUUUGUGUUUCAAUAUUGCUUCACUGUCCACACUUGAUUCGUCCUGGGAUAUGUUGGAGACGACAAGCUCUAGCAAAUUUUGAAGCGUUUUGUUGAAUAGUAAUAAAAAAAGAAAAUGAGAGACCUACC